AUGGUCUAAAAUAUUCUAAAAUAAAAAUUCCAAGAAAAAAUAUAAUAAUUGAUAAAUGUUUUUGAAGACGCUGAUUCAUCUCUUCUAAAGGAGCAUUACAGAUAGUAAGUGCUUCAAAAUGAUACAACUCUUAUUGAAACUAUCAUUUAAACUUCUAAGCAAGUUUUAUAAAAUAACAACAUCUCUGUAUAAACAUAAUUCCAAACAAUAUCUUUUUUAAAGGAAUGCGUUGACACAUGGAACACAUUUCUCAUUUAAAGAUUGAAACAAGAAAUAGUCCCUGUAUUCUAUGAAAUUCUUAAGUCAACUCUCAAUCAUGACCGUACAAACUAAAUAUUACAAUCAUCUGAUAACCUCAAAGCAUAAUUCAAAGAGCUAGCCCUCCACAAAAAUCUUAUCCGCCUCAUUUCUGAAUGCAUAUUUAUUUGGUCUAAAUGGUUUACCUAAGAUAAAAUACUUAUCACGACAUACAAUGAGCUUGUUCACGAAGGAUUCACUUUCCCAAAGCAACUAACACAUUUCAAUGAAAUAGAUAUACUCUAUCUUGAUGUCGAGUAAAUAGGAGCAUAAAAAAAGAUAUGCAUUGAUGAAUAUAUUUUCGUUGAUAAUGAUAUCUAUUUUGAGUAGUUUGUUUGCCACAAAUAAGGGAAAUUAAUUAGCAGUAAUUUACUCAGUAGAAGUGUUUCAUUAAUUGAUGACAAGCUUUAUCAAAUUGAUACAGAAAAAGGCAUUCAGAUGAAAAAGAUCAUUCCUUAUCCAGAUUAUUUCUUUUUAUAAGAAAGAGCAGAGUACCUUCAACUCAAAGGCUGCAAGGUGAGCAAGCAAAAUGGAAUAGACUUGAAACUUAAUUGGGAUCAUCCUGAAGUGGAUAAGCUUGAAUGGAGACUCCUAUGCAAAAGAGGAAGCGAAAAUCGCUGCUAUGCAAUUUAUUUCACAUCUAAAGAAAUUGCUGUAAAAGUGAAAGACUACAUCCAUUUCAUAAAAGCUAAAUCCUAAAUUGAAAACCUCUAAGACAAAUUCAAAAUGAUAGCUAUGCUUUACAAAUCAAAAGUAGCCGAACAAUUUUAUGAGAAAAGAAUUUAGAGUGGAGACUAGUCUACUUCUGGAUCCUUUCAGAAUGACAGCGAAAUAACUUCAAGGAUAGACGAGUUUCUAGGCAACAUACAAUCAAAUAGAUAAAUCUGA